ACAAAUCUUCAAAACUUUUAAAACAAUAUAUGAACAAACACUUUAAACGUGUACUAUUUCUGAUACGCCUCUGGACUAAUGAGACCUGAUUUUGACUGGAAAAACAUAGGGGUAUAUAAGACAAAGCGUACCUAGGUGUGAUUUUCAGUAAUGCUCAAAACACUUCACUUGCUAAUAUGUUCCAGUGUAGUUCUGCAAGGUAUAACGUUGGAUCCCAAACUGAUAACUACCAUUAGAUAUGGUAUCGAUAGAAAUCUAAAAUAUAUCUACCAACAUUCUGAAAAAAUGAACGAGGAUUGCUGGUUUGGAAUCGUCUUGGCGACAGCUAUUAUAAGGGACGCAUAUCAAAAUGGAACACAUGUAAUGGACAACAGUUCAAUGAAACUUACUGAAAUAUCUCAGGAGGUCCUGAAAAAAGGACAACAUAAAACUUGGUUGUCUAAAUCAAUAUUGGAUCCCAAUAUAUGGCAACGAAACUUAAAAUACAAAUACAACGCACUGGAUCCUUUGAAAAAACGACCCAGCUUAAGGAUUUUGAAAAACAUUUACAGAUAUCAGAACCUCAGUGACGAAUAUCCCAACAGUGACUUUUGCUUGCAGAACAUCGUUAAUUUGACUAAAUCAUUGACGCCUGUUGAGUGUUAUAUUAACGAAGACUGUCGGAAAAAGUAUUAUGAGUACGACAGACGAGCAUCAGCAUAUAUUUUAACCCACAAAUUGCUUUUGUUACAGUUGGCUAGAGCGAGGCAUUGUAUAAUAUCAGACAGAGAAUAUGAAACUGAGACUAGAAAAAUAUGUUCCCUGAUUUUUGGUGAAGUUAUUAGUGCCGACUAUUUUGAUGUGCUUGACGAUAUGUUCGAUCUGUUUUUAGAAGAAGUUCUUCUUUGUGGGUACGAAGGCUACAUUGACUUUUUAAAAUCCAAAUGGUUGAUAUAUAUCUUGAAAUCCCAGAAGAAAUCUGGCUGCUUUCCUGCCUCUUUGGGCGAUCCCUUGAAAUCGAGGAUUAAGAGGGAUACUAACAUCCUUCCCGAUGGAUGCGCUGACCAUACAACAGGUUUAGGGGCGGCUGUUUUAUCUUUGUAUUACAAUUUCAUAAUUAAAGGAAAUGUAUCAAUAAAAAUUUAAAUCGUAUUUUUAUUUCGUCUUAUUCGUCUUAUUCAGUUUAUUUGUUUUUCCAAAUUCAUUUCAUUUUUUGUAAUUUCCUUUAUCGUACUGGGAUUUUUAAGCAAAACGUAUUACAC